AUGGAAGAAGAAGAAGGUGAAGGUGUUUUAGAAGACGCCCUUACCAGCCCCCUUAAUGAUUCGACCUUGAUAAGAGAGAUUAAUACCGCACUGAAUGAGGCCUACAGAGCAGAGGAAGCCUUUUGGAAGCAAAGGAGUCGUCUGCUUUGGCUGCAAUUAGGGGAUAGAAACUCUGGUUUUUUCCAUGCUGCCACAAAGAACAGGAAAAGGGCUAACGCGUUUACAGUCCUAGAAGAUACGGAUGGGAAUAUGGUCUACAAGGAGGAAGACAUUGCUAAGACUGUGGUGGAGUACUACAAGAUGAUGUUCACAUCAGUGAAGGGUGACUGUGCGGAUACAGUCCGAUAUGCGUUGCAACCUCUGAUCACGCAAGAGGAUAAUGAGGUUUUAAUCGCGAUACCUACGGCUGCGGAGAUUAAGGAAGCAUUAUUUGCAGUAAAUGCAGAAAAAGCGCCGGGGCCAGACGGUUUCUCUGCAAGUUUCUAUCAGGCUCACUGGGCAGAAGUUGGACCGGAUCUGGUAGUUGAGAUACAAGAAGCAUUCAGGACAGGGACUAUCCCAAAAGGGAUCAACGGUACACAUGUCUGUCUGAUACCGAAGAUAAAGACCCCACAAAGAGUGUCUGAUUAUAGACCGAUCGCCUUAUGUAACGUCUAUUAUAAGAUCUACUCCAAGAUCCUACAAAGACGGCUGCAACCGCUGCUCGAGAAGAUUAUCUCGGAAAAUCAAUCUGCAUUCGUCCCCGGCAGAGCUAUAGGAGAUAACAUUCUCAUCACUCAUGAAGUGCUUCAUACUUUGAAGACAUCAAAAGCGGCUAAGAGAGUAUCAUUGGCGGUAAAGACGGAUAUGAGCAAGGCAUACGACCGCUUAGAAUGGGAUUUUAUUUCCACGGUGCUUGAGAGGCUCGGAUUUCACCAUCUUUGGAUUGGUUUGAUCAUGCAGUGUAUCUCAACAGUUACAUACUCUUUCCUCAUCAACGGUUCGCCUAGAGGAAAGGUCACACCGAGCCGAGGGAUUCGCCAAGGCGACCCCCUAUCACCCUACAUAUUCAUACUAUGUAGUGAAGUGCUCUCGGGACUUUGUAGCAAAGCACAAGUGGAAGGGCGCAUGCGAGGCUUUAAAGUUGCUCGGGGGAGUCCCCGAAUCAACCAUCUCCUCUUUGCGGACGACACAAUGUUCUUCCUAAAUGCGGAUAAAGGAUCAACAGAGGAACUGAAAGCUAUACUGAGCAGAUACGAGAAGGCGUCCGGGCAGUCGAUAAACAAGGAGAAGUCAUCCAUCACCUUCUCCCGGAAGGCGCCAAGGGAGCUUAAGCAGCGAGUUCACUCUGAGCUUCAGAUCCAGAAUGAAGGAGGGGUAGGAAAAUAUCUCGGCUUGCCGGAACACUUCGGAAGACGUAAGAGAGAUCUCUUUACAUCUAUAAUAGAAAGGAUCAAGCAAAAAGCAGAGGGCUGGUCCACUAGGUUCCUCUCGCCUGCAGGGAAGUUGGUGAUGCUGCAGAGCGUACUCACCCCAAUCCCGUCUCACGCGAUGUCAUGUUUUAAAUUGCCCGUGUCCCUGUGUCAGCGUAUCGAGACAGCGUUAAAACGCUUCUGGUGGGAUGAUCGAACCGGGAAGCGUAAAAUGGCCUGGAUCUCCUGGCCGAAACUAACGCUUCCAAAGAGUAACGGUGGACUGGGAGUUAGAGAUAUCCAGGCUUUCAACGAGGCCUACCUAGCAAAAAUCAGCUGGCGCUUACUGGAGAAGCCGCACGGACUGCUUGGCAGAACCCUCCUAAGCAAGUACUGUCCCGAUGGGAACUUCCUGGCAUGUUCCUCUCCAAGCUCAGCCUCACAUGGUUGGCACAGUAUACUUGCGGGGAGAGACCUAUUGAAUAAAAACCUUGGCUGGGUAAUAGGGGAUGGGAACAGUAUAAACAUAUGGGAAGAUCAAUGGCUAAGCCUCGACUCGCCAAUCAGGCCUAUGGGACCCGCAACGGAGACCUCGGCUAACCUACUAGUGAAGGACUUAAUACUACCAGGGUCAGGUGAAUGGGACAGAGCAAGAAUCCAACAGAUACUACCAUUCGAAGAGGAGCGCAUUCUAUGCCUACAGACGAGUAAGAACGGAGCUCCGGACGUCCUGAGAUGGUUGGGAACUAGUUUAGGACAAUACUCCGUAAAAUCAGGCUAUCUUGUAGCCAUGGCAGAGAUGACAGAAGAGAUACUAGAAGGGGAAGCGAUCAUGAAUUUUGAUUGGAAGAAGACAGUGUGGAACCUGAAGCUAGCACCGAAGGUAAAGAUGUUUACUUGGAAAAGCCUCAAAGGUAUAAUACCGGUGGGAGUAAGGCUUCAGGAGCGUCACUUAAAUGUCGACCCAAAAUGUAAACGCUGUGGAAUCUCAGAAUCUGUCAAUCACCUCUUGUUCCAUUGCCAGUUUGCCCGAGACGUGUGGAAUCUUUCCCCACUUGAAGGUGGCUUUGAUAUUAGCGGAUUGACAGAUUUGAGAGAGGAUUGGACGACAUUACAAGCACAGAAGACUCUUCCCCCAACGGGAAUUACCUUUACCCCGCUAGUACCAUGGAUUAUGUGGUCGCUCUGGAAAAGCCGUAACAAAUUCGUGUUUGAAAAUUUUGCUGGGAAUCCAGCGGACACGUUAUCACAGGCUAUUGUUGCAGCUAGAGAGUGGGAGAAAGCUCAGGAACUGGUAGAGAAGGGACUACAUGUAACUCACCAGAUCCAAGAGGCCCAAACGGAGGUGGUGAUGAGAUCGGACGCUGCCUGGUCGAACAAUAGCAGGAGGGCGGGGCUAGGAUGGAGCAUGAGGAGUCGAGACCAGUGUGACCGAGGAGGAAGAGGCUCUAGCUUUAUCUCCUCGCCCUUGGUAGCAGAGGGUUUAGCUCUGAGAGAAGCGGUGAGUUUUUGUCGCAGCAAGGGAGUAACAAGUGUGAGAUUUGAAGCGGAUUCAGCUCAGCUGGUUAAGGCCAUAAAUAGCAAAGAACCACCACUCGAACUCUAUGGUAUUGUGGAAGACAUUCGAUAUUUAGCUGUUGCUUUUGAUGUUGUUGUUUUUGUUUGGAUUCCACGGGAAAGAAACGGGGAAGCAGAUUCUAUUGCCAAGAGGGCUCUGGCCUUGUAUGAACAAGAAGUGGUUGGGGAUGAAUUAAUGCCCCCACCAGUUUAG